CGACUUUUCCAGUUUACUUCCGGUAUUGAUUGAACAUUUGCUGUUGUAGCAGAGUAGUGCUUUCUGUCGGACUCUUGCGCGUUACAUUUUUUCAUAAUAUCUUGAUCGAUAAUAUGGCUUUUGACCAGUCCUCUGCCAGUGCGUCUGAAAAUGCUGAGGCCUCGGAACUUCAGAUGAUGAUAGCAGUCGAGCAACAGAAAGCUCAGUUUGAAGCACAGGUGCACACCUUCACCGAUGUGUGCUGGGACAAAUGCAUGGAUAAGCCGAGCAGCAAGCUGGACUCCCGGACCGACAUGUGCCUGGCUAGCUGUGUGGAGCGCUUCAUUGACACCACCCUCACCAUCACAAACCGCUUUACUCAUAUGGCGCAGAAAGGGGGCAUUCAUUGACUCAGCAGCGAGAAGAUGAAGAGAAGGGAUAUGCAUUGAUUCAUUCAUUCAGUCACUGAGCCAAACUCAACACUUCAGGGACAAGAUAAUAAUAUAAUAUAUGCCAUUUAGCAGACGCUUUUAUCCAAAGCGACUUACAGUCAUGUGUGCAUACAUUCUACGUAUGGGUGGUCCCGGGAAUCGAACCCACUACCCUGGCGUUACAAGCGCCAUGCUCUACCAACUGAGCUACAGAAGGACCACGAUCAAAGGACCUGUGCAACGAUUAUCAUCUUGUUCAAUGACUAUGCUGAUCCAUUUUUAUGUUUAUUUGGCAGGGACAAUGCACAACAAAAACACAAGUCUCAUAGCACUGAGAAAUGAUGUCGCACCAGAUUUAGCUAAUAGCUACUUUCCAUCUGUGGUCCCUGGGCAGGUGAACAUGGACACAUUAUACACAAAACAGGCAACAUAAAUACAUCAGACAUGUAAAAAACAAACAGAUGAGGACAUAGAUACCUUUUUAACACGUAGGUCAACACAUUGCACAUAAACAUGUUGCUGUUGGAUAAAAAUUGUUAUCUGUAAUGAUGCAGGCAUUUUGACUGUGCAUCAUGUUACGGAGUUCUAAUGUGGGAUCUUUAAUGGUAUUCAUUGCUCUGCUUUGAACAUGUCAAUAAAAGGAAUAGCCUGAAGAACAAUGAGCCAGAUGGGAAAUUCUUUAUUUUAAGGCAACAUCUCUCUGUGAAUUUAUAAGGUGAGCUCAUUUUGCAUUGCCCAGUCCCCUGGCUGUUGCCUGGGUGAGUAGAGUAAGCACUUGACGUCCGAAGCAGAGCCCUUCUGUCUCUCUCUGAAUGUGUAGGCCAUCUAUCUGAUGCUAUCUGUUCAAAAAUAGUAUGACGUUGUGGCCACCCGUAGCAUUGAAUACAAGAAAAGCCAGCGAGCGUUUGGCUUCCAUUGAUAAAAAUGUAAAAAAGUAUAAAAUAAUAGCCAAUCAGUGUUGAGCUAAACUGAGUGAACUCAACUGUGAAUGGUCCUGGUGCACCAACAAUGUAAAGGGAAGCCAGAUUGGAUUUGGCUUCACUCCAAACACAUCACAUUGAAAUAAAAUAUGUCAUUGACUAAAACAAC